CAACUCCUAAGCCUCCCACUUGCAUGGCUGGUCUGGGAAUGGAAAAUGACAAAAUUCCUGAUUCUGCGAUAACGGCAUCUAGCGUGUAUGGCAGCUACCGAGCUGAUCAGGGUCGGCUUUACAAUCAGGGCGGUUCUCGCGGCUCUGGAAGCUGGCUAGCGGGUACAAACAACUAUAACCAAUGGUUUCAAGUUGCGCUUGGAGACUGGACCAAAGUCACAAGGGUAUGCACCCAGGGGAGACUAAACGGAGGUAACUGGGUUACAAAGUACAAGCUCGCUUACGGUUACGAUGGUGUGUUUUACAAGGAAUAUAAAGAAGAAGGAGAGGACGCCAAGGAAUUUAAUGGUAACACAGACCAGUUCAUGCCUGUUUGCUAUUUGCUGAAGAAUCCAAUUGUUGCAACGUAUGUUAGAAUUAUUCCACUGGCUUGGUACGGACAUAUUGCCUUAAGAGCUGGUUUUUAUGGCUGUAAAUCUGGAUUCGAAAUUCCCAAAAUAGUUUGUGCUUCUCCUUUGGGGAUGGAAAACGGCAAAAUACCAAAUUCGGCCUUAGUGGCAUCGUCGCGUUAUAACCAGUACUGGGGACCGGAAAGAGGAAGACUAAAUGAGAAAAAAGACGGGAGUUUUAACGGAGGAUGGAUAUCCCAAUACGCGAAUGCCGAUCAGUUCUUUCAAAUUGACUUGGGUUUAGUUGCCAAGGUGACAAGGAUCGCUACUCAAGGUCGAGAUGAUGCAGGCUGGUGGACGAAGACUUAUACAAUAGAUUACAGUGUGGACGGGGGAACAUUUCAACCAUAUGGCAAGGUAGGCGUGUGUGUAAACAACUAUUCAUUUUAGAAUGGCAGCAUUCUUAUUCGUUCUUACAGAUAAUGUAAUAAACUCGAUCAAAACGAAAAUGGUUCUUCCGGAAAGAAGCAUGCUCGAGCUCGUACGUUGACUUUGCUUUCCGCCUUGCUCAGCUUUGUAAACCGCUGUUAUGCCUUUAACGGAUGCGCUUGGAAGGUG